AUGUCGGGGUACGAGCUGCAUCAGAAGCUGCGCACCAAGGUGGUGCGCCUCACCAAAAAGAAGGCGUAUCCGGAAGCGAUCACCGCUCUCCACACGGGUGCACUCGAGCUGCUCUCGCAGGGCGAGCAGGGCUCCGGAUGCGAUCUGGGCAUCUACAUGCUCGACGUCUACAACCUAGCCGAUACUCCCGUUACGGCCGAGACUCGUUCUCGCGUCACCGACAUUGUUGCAGCUGCCAAGGCGGACUUUUGGCGCAAGAAGCUCGUGGAUGCGGCUGUCAAGUGGAGCUCCAAGAGCGGUGGUGCUGAUGCGGAGCUGCGGUUGUUCGCCGCCAAGCUGUACGCCAAAGACGGGGAGUACGAGCUUGCCGAACCGCACUUUCUUGCUGCAUCCAGUAGCGAUCCGGAGGCGGCUAAGGAGUUUGCGGGCGCAAUGGCGGCGUGGUUGUCGGCAGUAGCCAAGAGGGCGACCGAAGAGAAAGGGGAGGAGCGAACGCAGGAUGCGAUUGAGCGCAUCGAGGCGGGUCGUUUUGCUCUGCGCGCUACGCUGCCGCUUCUUGCCAGUCGCAAUGUUCCGGCGGCGGUGGCGUUCAUCCAGACGUACCUCGAGACGCUCACGGCGCGGUUGCGAUCGCUACUGCUGCCCAUCUCGCCCAACCCACGCGCGUUUACCGCCCCGAACGGCACCCAGACCGACUUCAAGCUCAGCAUCACCGCCAACUCGGAACUCAACUUUGCCCAGAUGGCUACCGCGCUCUCGCUCGCCGCCCAGUCCGGGGUCAAUGACGCGCUGCGUACGGCGUGGGCGAAUCUCGUACGUCAGUUCGAGCGCGAAUCGCAGCCCGACCCCAACGCCACCGGUGCCAUCGCCCAGAUCGGCACGGCAGUGUUCGGGAUCGCCCAGAGAAGACAGGGCGGCAACAUGCUCAGCGACAUGAUGGCCAGCCUGUUCAAUGCUCCACCCCAGCAACAGCGUGUAGCUGCACCACCUACACAGUCGAACCAACCCCCACCGUCUGCAACGUCGGCAGCUACAGAGGCCAAAGCUGACGACCUCGUCGACGACGAAAUGGACUGA